AUGUACAGAGGUGUGAGGAAACGCAGUACAAUCUACAGAGGUGUGAGGAAACGCAGUACAAUGUACAGAGAUGUGAGGAAACGCAGUACAAUGUACAGAGGUGUGAGGAAACGCAGUACAAUGUACAGAGGUGUGAGGAAACGCAGUACAAUCUACAGAGAUGUGAGGAAACGCAGUACAAUGUACAGAGAUGUGAGGAAACGCAGUACAAUGUACAGAGGUGUGAGGAAACGCAGUACAAUGUACAGAGGUGUGAGGAAACGCAGUACAAUGUGUGUUACUUUAUCAGCCAAAUUAUUAAAACUAGAGCAACAUCAAGAAACUUUCGCCGUCCAUAACUAUGAAAUCUGCGGCUUCCGGAGUUCACAAUAA